AAUUAGCCAAAGCAACCAACAGCAGAUGCGAAAAAUUGGAACCGUGCAGUUAAAUACCUCGUCGAAAUUAGGGAUAGCGUCACUGUGGACGGAAGGGCAUCAUUCUCCAACUCAGCUCUAUAUUCACAGGUGCAAUAUUCCAUUCCUUUCUUCACUUGAUUUCUCCAAUUCGCUAUGGCGGCAGCAGCAUUUAAUGCUCCUUCCGUUGCGUCCGCCUUCUCCGGCAAAUGCAUCUCUAAUAAUCAGACUGGGUUUCGGGCAUUCAAAUCCAAGUGUCAUUUUUCAACAAGCUGGCCGAGGCUUAGUGUUAAAGCCAUGGCAGCAAGCAAGGUCGUCACACAGGAUGACCUGAAAAAACUGGCGGCUGACAAGGCUGUCGAAUACGUGGAAAGCGGCAUGGUGUUGGGUCUCGGCACGGGAUCCACUGCCGCCUUCGUGGUGGCCAAAAUAGGCGAGUUAAUGAAAUCUGGCGCUCUCAAGGACAUAGUUGGCAUUCCCACAUCGAAGCGGACGGCAGAGCAGGCGGCCUCGCUGGGAAUUCCUUUGUCAGUACUAGAUGAUCAUCCGAAGAUUGACCUGGCCAUUGACGGUGCCGACGAGGUUGAUCCGGAGCUGAACCUGGUCAAGGGUCGCGGUGGCGCUCUUCUCCGCGAAAAGAUGGUCGAAGCUGCCUCCUCCAAAUUUGUUGUUGUGGUGGACGAAUCGAAGUUGGUGGAGGGCCUUGGCGGCAGCAAGCUGGCCAUGCCCGUCGAGGUGGUGCCAUUCUGCUGGAAGUACAAUGCUCAGCGGCUCCAGGCUCUUUUUGAUGCUGAGGGUUGCCAGGCCAAGCUGCGUAUGGAUGGUGAAAAGCCUUAUGUGACAGAUAAUUCAAAUUAUAUUGUGGAUUUGUAUUUUGAGACCCCAAUUAAGGAUGCCAGGGCUGCCAGCCGUGCAAUUUUAGGAUUCGAGGGUGUUGUGGAGCAUGGGCUUUUCCUUGACAUGGCUACGGCUGUCAUUAUUGCUGGAUCUGAUGGUGUCUCUGUCAAAUCAAAGUGACAGAGAAACUAAAGAUAUUUUGCAGGCUUCCAUGGUCACAGUCAAUUUAUGCAUCUCUAUCAUUUAUUGCAAUGGAAGAUGCAAUGCUGGUUGAUGGCAGAAUGUUGAGAUAUAACUUGUCUUGUCUUCCAUUGCAAAAAUUUGCUGUGAUGUACUUUCUUCUGUGGCUACUUUUGGUGUUUUCAUGGAGUGUAGAUUGAAUUGGACACUGAAUUUAUAUCACUAUCAAUAUAGUUUUUAGUGGAUUGUAAACGAAACUUAUUUGAGUGGAUCAAUCCUCGAUAUAACCAUAUUUGAAGAAAUGCUGGUCCAAAACAAUUAUGAA